AUGGUCAUCAUCGUCAUUCAAAUCUAUAAUUACAAUUUCCAAAUGUUUGUCAUGUUGACAUGUGCCUUUCGCUAUGGCCAUGAUGACUUGGAUGUGAUCGGUCUGACAUUCCGCAAAGAUCUGUAUGUACAGGUGCAGCAAGUGUUCCCACCUGAGCCCACCAGCACCCAGGGGCCCCUCACAGUCCUACAGGAGCGACUGCUGCAAAAGUUGGGGGACAAUGCCUACCCCUUUACCCUGCAGAUGGUUGUUAACCUGCCCUGUUCGGUGACACUGCAGCCAGGUCCCGAAGAUGCGGGAAAGGCCUGUGGGAUUGACUUUGAAGUGAAGAGCUUCUGUGCUGAAAACCUGGAGGAGAAAAUCUCCAAGAGAGACUCUGUACGGCUGGUGGUUCGGAAAGUACAGUUUGCACCCCUGGAACCAGGCCCUGGUCCCUGUGCCCAGACUGUCCGCCACUUCCUUCUGUCAUCUCAGCCCCUACAACUCCAGGCCUGGAUGGACAGGGAGGUUCACUACCAUGGCAAACCCAUCUCUGUCAAUGUUUCUGUCAACAACUGCACCAACAAGGUCAUCAAAAAAAUCAAGAUUUCAGUCGACCAGAUCACAGACGUUGUCCUGUAUUCCCUAGACAAGUACACCAAGACCGUGUUCAUUCAGGAGUUCACGGAGACUAUAGCUGCUAACUCCAACUUCUCUAAGAGCUUCGCAGUAACCCCACUCCUGGCUGCCAACUGCCAGAAACAGGGCCUGGCACUGGAUGGCAAACUCAAGCAUGGUGAUACUAAUCUGGCCUCUAGCACAAUUCUUCAUUCCAGUCUUCAACCUGGAAUGAACAAGGAGCUGCUGGGGAUCCUGGUGUCCUACAAAGUGAGAGUCAACUUGAUGGUGUCUGGUGGAGGCAUCCUAGGCGACCUGAUCACCAGCGAUGUUGGUGUGGAGCUGCCCCUGAUCCUGAUGCAUCCAAAGCCAUCACAUGGUGACUCUGAGGACAUAGUCAUUGAGGAGUUCGCUCGUCAGGAGCACCGUGGGGAGGAGAGCCAGGAGGCUUUGGCGGCGGAGGGGGAUGAGGGAAGCUGAGCACCAAGCUCUGGUGCCUCUGUGUGGGAGCCCUACUGUAACGCUCUAAUAAAUCAGCUUGUCCAAGACAUACCUGGCGAUAUCUUUGAUAUUUCCUUCUCCGGGAGGGUAACGGCACUAGAGAACAGCACUUUCUGCCCCUGUCAGUGAGUAGGUUACUCUGUAGCGUGUGCUUUUCCCCUAAAGGACCCCCGACUUUCCUCUGCCAAGGCUACCCACCCUCCGUGGGU